AUCGUGUGAUUAGUUAGUCCCUUGCGUGACGUCACUUUUUGAAAUCUGGGUCAGCCAUCAUAGUUGAGCUGACGGCUUCGUCCUCCGAAAUUUUCAUUAUUAUUUUCCCUCUCCGCUGAAGUAAGAGAGUUGGAGAGAGAGUGGCAUUGUUUGGAGCUGAUAGAUUCGGUUCCAUAGCUUGGUUAUCAAGGGUAGCGAACUAGCUUGUGGAUAAGUGACAAGGAGAGAGAAAUUGCCGGUGGUUAAGAGUUUCAGUUGAUUGGUGGCAAAUUGCGAAUUUGCAUCCGGAUUGGCAUUGGCGUCAUUUGAUACCCACAUCAUUGCUUUGUUGAGUGAGACUUGAUCAUUAGAUUCUAUUUGAUUUGAUGCCUAGCUAGUAGACAAGAUAAUGACAGCUGGACGAGAGGAUCUUGCACCAGACGAACAAGACAAGCCGGUGAUGAUGGCGACCAAAAGACGAAAGAUUGACAAAUACACGAAUGCCCGCGAGGCAACAAUUCGCCUAAGUGAUGGCUAUGAUAAGGGGCUGGUGCUGUCCGAAGACUCUUGUGUGGAGCGAGAUGGGCACCUGUUUCAUCUAUCUGACUCCAGUCAGGUAGGUCGGGGAGGUGGUUAUCUCACUUCACGGGAAUCAACGGAUCGCACACACAAGAAUGACAAUGACACUGAAAUGGAGGAAGGUGAGAUUGUGGAAACAAACAACAACAUCAACAAGGAUGGAGGCCGGAAGGAAUCGACUCGUUUCACCAUGGGAGAGAAAGGCAACACAGAUAACAGUGAGUGUGAUUUUCCAUUCACCAGCGGCCAUCUGACCAAGAAGGCGCUGGAGAUUGGAGAAUCAUUCUUUUUGCGCGAACCCUUCACCAUGGAGGAAUUUGGCGAGGUCCAGAACCACGCUGUGUCACGGAUUGCCAAGUCUGUGGAGGUAUUGGAGACAGAAGGAUUCCAAGCUUUUCGAGAAUGGCGGUCCAAAUCAAACACAUCAAACUCUACGACCGACAAGAACAACACCAACAAUGGAUUGAAACAGUCACAUGUGGAGCAAGCCAUCAAGGAUGCCAAAGUCAUGGGUGCUCCUCGUGCUUACCAAAAGCGAUUAUUUGAAAUUGCCUGCACGCGAAACACCAUUGUCCAUUUGGGUACUGGCGCAGGAAAGACAUUGAUUGCCCUCAUGUGUAUUCGCCACUUUGCGUCGGCGUUUAAGAAAGGAAAGCAAACGCUGUUUCUGGUGCCCAGUGUCGCUUUGGCAAUCCAGCAGAGCCAGGUUCUUCGAUCCAAUCUCCCUUACAAAGUCCGUGUGGCCUGCUAUGCGACAAGCACUACCGUAAAGGCGCGGCGUGAACUGCAAGAAUGCAACAUUAUCGUUGCCACUCAUGGGGCCAUCCAUGAUUUGCUGAUGCAUUAUGGCGACAUGUUCAAACUCAGUCGGUUCAAUCUAAUUGUUUUGGAUGAAUGUCAUUAUGCUAUUGGUAACCACUCGUAUGCUUCCCUGAUGAAACAAUUCUACCAUCCGUUACCCACCCAACAGCGCCCACGCAUCGUGGGACUUACCGCUUCGCCUUUGGUCAAGGUGAAGACAAAUCACAGUGAUGAACAUCUGGCGCACAUGCUUCACCAACUCGAGACCACGCUUGACGCCACGGUAGUGUCGCACAUGCUUGAUAAUCCAUUGGAGACCAAUGUUCCGCGCAAAAAGGUGGAAGAGCAAGAUAUCGCCUUUGACUCGAAAGUUCCAUACCCGCCACUACCAUCGCUGGAUACAUUCAAAAUCCAUGCCUCGCGAAAGCGGGAAUGCCAACAAAUCUUCCAUUUGUAUGAAAACCUUGGGCCAUUGGCAACGGCCAACUAUUGCCAGACAUUGACAAAAGAGAUCUCCCGAAACACCUUUGAGGAGGAAAAGGAUGUGGCAUUUCAAAACUUGAUUCAGUAUCUUCAAGCGAUUGCUGAGUUUUGUGAUCGGCAGGCCCGGAACUGUCCUUGUGGAGGGCGGUCGGACAAAUUGUUAGCAUUGGAACAGCUUCUCGAAGAACAAAUUGAAGUCAAUGGCACAGCGGAGACAGUUUGUCUCGUCUUUGUUGAGCGGCGGAUUACAGCUCUGGCGCUAAACGAUUUUUUCCGAUUCCGUCUCAAGCAUCUUGCCACGGACAACUGGAACCGCGCUACUGAAGCAAGAAAGCAGCCACGUCCAGCCGCUCGCAAGAUGCGAUCCACGACGCCCCAGCUUUUCAACGAAUCUGCACCUUUGGUGGGUGGAUGCAAGCCGCUGCCGACGAAUAGCUGGGACCAGUUUGCCGAUGCUGAGAGCGACUUGGAAGAAAACAUUCCUGUUGCUACUGCGACCAUUAUUGAAAGCAAAGAAUCCCGUGCACCCGGCCGUAGUUUCGCUGAGCCGGCAGCCCCAUCGCAGUCGUGCAAUCAGUUCUCGGACGCGGAGGACGAAGACGACAGCGAGAACUAUCUGGAGGCAUACUACGACCACCUGCACUGUUCCGACCAAUCUAUUUACGAUGGUAGCCAAUCUGCACGGGAUAUGUCAAGUAAGGUUGAUAGCAUGGAGCCCGCCCAGGUGGAUGAUACUUUGAAUUCACUUGAAGAAACGGCUAUGGGAUCGAACGACUUGGGCAAGACAUCGACCCUGUCCCACGAGUUCAGUGAAUCUGACAGUGAUGAGGCGUCGCUAAAUGGGUACAUUUCAAAAGAUCACGAGUCUAUUCGAUGUGAAGCUCUCGUCCGGCAUUCGACCGGGAUAUUCAAGUCGUUGAAUAUGCACCGGAGGCUCACUUCUAAUGAUGACGAUGACAUUCGGCAAAGUUGGCUCCAUCAAGAGAAGGCGAUCGGGGACGUCUUGUCUUCUUUGCGGCGCGGGGAUAUCAACGUGCUGAUUGCCACUUCGGUGGUAGAAGAGGGGGUGGACGUGCAGGCAUGCAGUUGUGUAGUUGCCUUUGAUUCUCUCAAGAGUGCCAAGGGUUACAUUCAAAUGAAGGGGCGAGCGAGGCAGAAGUGUGCCAAGUUCUUCGUUUUCAAGGACCCGGAGACGUGCCCUGUUCUUUCGCUGGAAGAUGCACAAAUGCUCUCUGUUCGGGUCCACGAGUUCAUAUCUUCGAGACCUCCGACUGUGAUGACCAAUCUUCCCAAGCAACUGGAGCAGAUGCGUAUACCUGCAAAGCUUUCCGACUGUGAUGAGCUUCGGUCAGUAGAGCUGGGGCGGUAUUCAAGCAAAGAGAUGCGUGGAUCAGUCGACAUGAACACAGCAAAGUCGUUGGUCAACAGGUACAUCUUGUCAUUGCCACUUGAUCCCAUCGCUCGCACAUCCAAGGCGGCAUUGCUUGCCUUUUUGCCUGUUUACACUGAGCGGCAGCUCCAUCUUCCCGCACAUCUACCUUCCCACUUGCGGUUAAUCACGCUGCCAAAACAAUACUGGGGCGCCUCGAAGAAGGACAAGGAACAGGUGUUGGCAAUGAUGGCAUGCGUCCGGCUUCACAAGAGUGGAGUGCUUAGUGAUCGCCUUCUUCCACUUAACAGAAGCGAUCUGAUCGACAAGAUGCUUUCGAAAGCAACGAAGGAACCAACCCGCGUGAAAAUCCCCACAUUUGGCAGAUUUGGAGUCCAUGGGCCACUCAAGAGAAAGCUCUUUGUUUAUCCAUUGCUCCAAAGCAAUGACAGAAUGGACAAGAUGCACAAGAUCUUGCGAUCGCCGGAAGGACAGCGGCUGGCGGUCAUAUCGACAACAGAUAUUCUCGAUUCCAUCAUUCCCGGCGCUUCUUUCCUGCACGGAGGAUUUGGCAAGGUGUCCUGUUCUCUUGGAACCAGUUUUUCAUUCGAGUGCAGCGACCUUCAAUUCCAAGCCAUUGAACGCUUCUUCAAGUUCUUGUUUGAUGCUCGCUGGCGGCGGAGAACAAAGAACGUUUACUUUCGAAACAAAUCAUUCGGAGGGCUGCCUGCCAGCAUUCCUCCAUACUAUGUCGGCCUUUUGUCGGCUUCUGGGGAACUCGACUGGGCUACUAUGCAAUCACUGAUAAACCAGUCGCAUCGAACUGAAGCAGAACGAAUCCAGGCAGUCCGCUCGGUAUCUGACCUCGAGGGUCUUCCCAAACCGCGACUAUGGUCUCCAAGAUAUGACAAGCACUUCACCUACAUCAGCUACGGUUCAAGCGGCAUGACCUGUUCUGCACCAUUUCCAGGGGAGCGAGAAGGCGUCGAGAGUUUCAAAGAUUAUUUUUCAGUCUGCCGAGAGUACGAUGUGUCUGCUGAUUGCGUUCUUUGGGAUGCGCAGCGUCUUUGGGUCCUUCCGUUCAACAAGGCGCUUGCUGAGGAUUUCGAUGACGAUAACUUCGAACCAAAGAUUCCAGAGAGAAUGGGAGCUCAUUCAAAGCGCCACGAGGUCAACCGUGACCUUCGUUCGCUGUUGCUGCCAAAGGAUGCUUGCAUGGAGGCGUCAACCUUGGCCGACCCCUCAAUUCUUCUUCUCUGCACGCAUCUGCCACAGUUUCUUCAUCACAUGCAACCUUUUCUGACUGCCCAUGCCUUUGUCCAGCACUGCAAAACACACAUGCAUGUGCUCGGCAACUUUCUGUCCCCUUUGCCCCUUGCGCAGAUUGCAGAGGCCUUGACAUCAAAGAGUGCUUCGGAGGAGGAGUCAUCUGAAUAUUCUGACUACGACCGUCUUGAGUGGUUGGGUGAUGCUGUGCUGAAAAUGGUACAAACUCAGAGCCUCAUGUUUUCCACUGAGUUCUCUGAUUGGAUAGAGCUUCUCCACGAGGGUGACCUAUCCACCCUGCGUUCGGUAAUGGGUUGCAACGACCGAUUGGCUAUCAUUUGCAAGAGUUUUCGAAUUGACAGUUUCCUCUUGACUUCACCCUUGGGCCGCGGUCAGUGGGCACCGGCAACCUUGGAGCUCUACGCAGCAGACACACCAGGGAACGACAAUGGGCUUGGUGUGGCAGUGGAAGACCCGAUUACGGGAAAGACAUGUGCCGAUGUCGUCGAAUCUCUUCUGGGUCUUGUUUAUCUAUCUCGUGGAUACGAGGCAGCAUUUGCAGUCGCAGAUGAGUUGCUUGUGACGCUCCCCAGUCAUCGUGACGACAAGGGCAAGCUUAGAUUGGGGCAAGACCGGCCGAAACCCAAGCCCCAAUUGAUCGCCGCUGCGACAGCAUUCACAGGCCAUCGUCAUUUCACAAAAUACGAGUUGGUGGAAGAGGCCUUCACUCAUCCUACAGCAAUGCACCCAAAUGUGCCCUCCUAUCAGCGGUUGGAAUGGGUGGGGGACGCAGUGCUCUGCCUCGCUGUUCGCGAGUGGAUAUUCAAGACCUUUAUAUCGAUGCCAGUGGGAGACUGCGUGAUGGUGUCCGCAACGCUAGAAGCAAACGAGACCCUGGCCUUUCUCGCCAUUAGGAAUGACCUCUUGAAGCUCUUGAAUCAUUGUGACCAGACACUUCCAAAGAGAAUUGAGACAUACCAAUGGCGCACGGAAGAGCUCGGUCGUGGUCUUUGGGGAACCAACCCACCAAAGGUGGCUGCAGAUGUUGUGGAGGCACUGAUUGGUGCCGUCUACAUGGACAGCGGAUUUGCCAGCGGCGUUGCUGCCGUAUCCCGAAUUCUGAAACCCAUGUGCACUGUUCUACAAGAAAUCCAGGCCAGAGGAGACAAGAGCAUUGUCAUGGUGCAUCCAAAAAAGGCCAUGCAAGAACUGGGCGGUUCCGUUCUGGAACUGAAGGUUAUGCGCGAGGAAAAGUUUGCUGCUUUGAAACCAGACAUUCCUGUCUGGCUGGGCAAACGCUGGGGCAAAGCCAAGCUUGAUGGGCAACGCUACGUGGGAUGCAUUGAAUGUUUGGGUGAUACUUUGAUCUCUGUUUCCGAUGCAUCCAGUGAAGUUGCGGGUAAUCGUGCCUGUGCUCUUGCAGUGGAACUGUUGGAGAAGGACGUUCAGCUGACGACUCGUCUGAAGACGGUCCGCACAAUGGUGGAGAGCCGUCUCACUCACGAGGCCAAACAACGCAAGGCCGAACAGGAAAUGCUGGGAGAGCACCUCUCCGCCACUGCCGCAUCUAGUGAGCGACCAUUGGCGAAACCUCACCAUCAGAAAGGCGGUCCACAGCCCAUGGUCAUUGAAACGGCCACAGCAGCUGGAACUGCAAGUGGGAACGAUCAGUUUGAUGACGUGGAUGAGGAUGAUCUAGAGAUGCAAGAAGUGGUUCGUUCCAUGGUGAACACAGUUCUGCCGCAGUCAGACUAUUGAAACCCUUGAAUAAUUGUUAGCUAGCUAGCACAAGGCAUUUCUAAAGGCAAAAAGAGCCAGUCCUCUAAAUUAAUCACGGCGGUUUCCCACAGCAUAGCUUGAACUCGUCAUUGCUUAUAUAUAAAGUGCUCCCAUUUCUAUAGUUGGCCAAUAAGUCACCUUGACAUGACUCC